GGAACCUGUCAUGUGACCCCAGACCCUAAUUUGGCUUAGUCGCUUGAGGAUGCCGAAACGGGAAGAGUGCGCCGAAGAGGGAUACGAGUGAUAACCCCUUUGGGAUGCCCAUUUCUUUGUUUGAACCUUGUACACGACGUCAGGUUAACUGGAUUGAGGAAACGCCAUCCUGAGGCGAGAACCCAAUAGACCAUGGAGCACUUUAUGACUCCGCAAUCCAUACAUUCCCCCUUUCUUUAUUCUCUCUCCCACCCCUCUUCAUUCUGUCCUACAUCCCGGGAUGCCUCCCUUUCUUUCUCUAUCUCUUUCUCUCUCUUUUGACAGGUCAACCUACACGCCAGUCAACAAUGUCCUCCACGCGCCACAAUGCGUCAACAAACUCGUCUGAAAGAAAACGUUUGCGGGAUAGACGGGCCCAGCAAACCCUCCGAGACAAACGGGAAAGUCGACUCAGAGCCCUAGAAGAGCGGGUUGCCUACUGUGAGACAAACCAUUGCAACGAACUAAUUCAAAACCACAUGAUCGCUGUCGAACCCAUGAUACGGGAGAAUGAAGCCCUACUCGCCCGGCAUGAACAGCUUCGUCGCUUAAUUCAUGGCUGGUACAGACAAGAUACCGGCCCACCCGCAUCGUCUCUCAUUCUUCCUCCAACCUGUAUGGCUUCUGAACCUUUACCAACUUCAACGAUCGCCUCUUGUAGCUCUGGGGCUGAGAUGGUCUUGGCAGAUCCUCAGUUACCGCCCGUUUCGGAUUGGACGGUCCCAGGCUUUGCACAUCUGGGGCUAUCCGCCGAUGGCUUCACAGCUCCGUAUAUCAACGGCACGUGGCCCGUGGGGUUUGGCGAUCAGAGCGCAAACUCACUAAUUGUGGACAUUCCCCUGCCCUCCCUUUCCCUUGCCCAAACAGCGCCUUGCCCCUUGUUCACGAACGAAGAAUAUGCUCUGGCUACUGCCAAUACUCGAGGUUGGACUCGGUGGGUUACUUCUACGGGUUCCAUAGCCAAGUUUCCUGCCGUUCCAUCCCCGUUAGACCUCCUACAUGGAUCAAGACGUAACUGGCUGGCGGACCAGAUUAACCGACUCCUUCGGCGGUUUGCCCUCCGAGAACCUGACCGUUUGGCAUACAGCUGGAUUGCGUAUGUUUUUCUUAGGUGGCGGAUCAACCCCACUCCACUCACAUUCUCGCACCUCCCGGACUUCCUACAACCAGUGGCGGGCCAGCUACAACAAGACCAAACCAUUGAAAUGGUCUUUAUCUUGUGGCCACAGUUGAGAAUUAAUUUAUUGGAAAAUUCGGAUACUAUCGAUCCCAUAGAACUGGACAACUAUGCAGCCGGUGGCUGCCGAGUGCGAUGGCCAUCAUCCAAGAGCAUCUGGGAGUGGGAUAGCGAUGAGAACAUAUACAUAAAGCCGGAAUUCUUUCAGACAUUCAUGACCCGGAGUGGCUGGGGGCUAUCAUCGACAUUCAUCAAUAAAUUCCCGGUGUUGGUGAAAGGGAUAGAUGUGGAAGCAAUCCGGUUCGACAUCCCAUAGAUAUAUUUUCAUUCAGCUCGGGUCGAUUUGGCAGGGGGAGCCACGCAAUUCCGAGAUCUAGAUACCGGAGCGGUCAGAGAUAACGACCAAUAAGAAUCAGAAAUCUGGUGAACUCGACCAAGCUUUGAAUAGAGAAAGAUCAUGUAUCCUCUCUCGGAAACCAAACCAGUCACCAUGGCGGGUUAAUGAGCAUUGUUGGUUCAGUAUUAGGCGAGGCACUGAAUCAGUGUUGGAACCUUCCCCUCAUUCAUCGUGCCAUGAUGGGCUCCAACGGGUGGGGCAGUUGAAUCAGCGUCUUCGGAUUUAUGGACUCGGUCUUUGUUGAUAAACUUAUAGGGUUAUCCCUAUGUCUAUACUUGGCUGAUGGUGACAACUCACAUACACGAUAUUUGAUUAGUCUUUACAUGUACAGAACGUUAUGUUAUUUUCUGAGUAGUUUAAUUUGUACGUAUUCCUCCUAAUCAUUUCUUUGUUUUGCGAAUUCUAUUACUUCUUUAG